AUGGCGGAUUGUGGCGCCCUGCCGCCCCGCACUGGCUCCAACCAGCUCAGUUGUUUGCGGGCAAAGGUGCCGAUGGCGGAGAAGCAGGAGCCCGACCUGUCCCUGGUGGAGGACCUUGCGAGCGCGCCCCUGAUUCGUGCGGAGGACGAGAAUGAGAAGGAGGAAGCUUCGGUGAGUUUGAGACGCGCUGAGCGCAGUGGUAGCCGCUCUAUGAAGCCUCCAACGAAGAGCGAAAGGAAGGAAGUGAUUCGGAGACCAGCACCCAGCUACGAUGACUACGAUCAUGAUGAUUGUCCACCCGAUGAGCCUUUCAGGUGGUCUGAUGCUUGGGGGCUGAUUUGUGGCCUGAUCCUUCUGGUCUUCAUCAUUUGCGUCUUGACCUGGGCCUACUUAGAAGACCUGCGAGAAGCGCGAGAGCUCGAAGAGGUGUACGAGAUCACCACACUACCGUUGGUGGGUGAGUUUUUUGACUGGUUGUACGACUGGUUUUCAGAGUAUCGCCUGCGGGCGGCUGGCCGGGAGGAUAUCUUGGAGAAGGUUCACAAUCACCAAGCCAAGAUCCAGGAGCUCUCAGCUACAGAAUGUGACGUUGAGUGUGAGGUGGAUUGGGACCACAUGGACCAGGCCCAAACUCCCAAAAUCGUUUCAAGUUGGGGCGCCCGCGACAUGAUCGACAUGGGGAUGCGCUUGGAGAUGGUUGGAAUGGAAUGGUCGAGUGAACUGACUGCCAAACAUGUGCGCCCUGCCGGAGCCCAAAAAGUCGUUGUCGUAGUGAACACCUUUUUGGAGAUCAAGGAAAAGAAGCGACCAGCUUUCGGCCGAGCUGGGACCGCUCCAGCUUCAGCCUUCAGCGAGGAAGCUGAAGUCCCUGAAGUGGAGCAGAAACCCAUUGAAGAGGAGAACGAGGUCAAGAGGGCCCCAGCUCCAAACAAGAGCCUUCGAAAGAGACCCAGCUUAGAACGUUACAACACGCCCGACCUAUGGGAGCAGCAGCAAAUUCUCCAAGAAGUCUGGGAGACCAGCCAGGCGGCGGGAGCCACGGCUCCCGCACUUCCAAGAAUGGACGAGGAAACCACAGAGCAGCAGUCUCUGCUGGCCGUCCAGGAACCGCCGGUAAUUAACUUCACUCCGGCGGUCACUCCGCCGGCCCCACAGAUGCCUCAAACAUCACAGGUGGCGAUGCUCUUGGUAGCUCCAAUGGUCUGUCAGCCGAUGCACGUGACGCCUGUGGGUUCUCCUUGCGCGCCCAGCCGACAGCUCCAGGAGCCAGAGCCGCCCCGGCUGCUGGGGCGCACCGUGUCGCCACGUCCCGGACGGGAGGGUGGAGCCAAUGGACAGGGAACGGAGGCGCUCAGCGCGAAGACGGAGCAUCAGGAAAGUCCUUUGAUGCCGGGUGCCUUGGAUCAGGAGAGCACGGCGAGUGGCAGUGAACGGAUUCGAUGGUGCGUGGAUGGACAAAAACUGGAAUCGCACGCUGAAAAACUCAUCAGCCCAGAGUUCCGAUUGCGUCUCCCGGGGAGCUCCACUGAGAGUCCCUUUCGCAUCAUGCUGUUGGCUACACAGACAGGCGGCAAGCACGGUGCGGGCUUUAAGAAAGCCAAGGGUAAAGGGAACAUCGAACUCAAAUGCUUGGGUUCGUUUGAAGCCGACCUCUCCAUGCUGGUGACAGUUGGAAGUGGUAGCCGCAAACAAAAAGCCAGGGAAGUGGUGCGGCAUGGCUUCGCGGAGAAGAGUUGUUGCCCCUUACCCAAGGGCGGGCGGGACCCUUUCGUUUGGGACCUGAAGGCGGCAUUGUGUAAAGAGACCAAAUGUGUAGAGGUUUGCAUAGAGGUGUUGCCAUCUGAUUAA